GGCGAGUCCUUGAUGGAGGGGGUCUCGAUGGUGUCGCGGGGCAAAUGUUGGGACAGUACGGCUCCGAUGGCGAAGUCGGAGGCGUCAGUGGUGACAUAGAAAUGGCGAGUGGGGUCGGCGAUCUUGAGGACAGGGGCCGUGGUGAUGGUUUGCUUGACGGAGACAAUAUGGCCAAGGUAUUCGACGCUCGAAGCGGCAAASGUACAUUUGCUGAGCUUGGCGUAGAAUUUUUGCUCGCGGAGGAUCGAGAGAACUUGGCGGAGGUGCWGAAGGUGGGACUCGAAGGUGGGGCUGAAGACAAGGAUGUCAUCAAGGUAGACGACGACACAGACUUCGAGGAGGUUGCGGAAGAUGUGGUUCAUGGUAGAUUGGAAGGUAGCGGGRGCAUUGACGAAGGACAUGAGUCACAUGUGCAGGAUGCUCGUGAUGCCGAGCCAGAUACCCAUGGUCCUCCGUCUCGCACUACAGCGGGCGGUGCGGAGUUGUCGGGUCUUUGUGUCAGUUCGCAGGGCAGUGAUUGCGCAAACAGGAGUGGAUCGCGUACUUUGCGCAUGUCUUCUGGAAGUCGUCGUGCAGAUGGAGCCCCUGUCCGUCCCAGUGCAUUGCAAGACAUUGAUAAUGGUGGUCUGCACACAGGAGGCGAUGAACGACCGAUUGGAGACAAUGAGUGGUUAGCAGUGGAGGAAUACGUAGAGGGUGGUGCUGGUGACGAGCCGGAGGAGUCAUCGGUUGCAUGUGGGUGCAUGGUCGAUGGCGUAGGUGAGGGUGACUGCCGUGCAUCGCAGGGUGUGCCUGGUGAUUGUCUUGGCCAUGACGGACACCAUCAAGCGCCGCUUGUUGGUGGAUCCGACACCGUUGUUGGCAAUCCUGAUUCGAAUGGAGGUGGUGGUGGUUUAGGUGGUGGUGGUUCAGUUGGUGGUGGUUUGAGUGGUGGUGGUUCAGGUGGUGGCGAACCAGGAGCUGGCUGGCGUGAGGGUGAUAUGGUUGGAGGGCCUGUGGCCGGUGAUGCAUGUGACGUCGGUGGCAAGUAGGAGGCGGUGCAAGGGGACAUGCCUAUAAAAUGAACGCGAGCGACGCCGAGUGCAAGAGAACAAAGCAUACGGAGCAUC